AUGCCAGUUCAAAGUUUCAAGAAACUUGUCAUCUCCGUGGGCGGGACGUUUCCCAAUCUGAGACAGGCGGACUUAAAAGCGCUCAUUGAGAAGAAUGGAGCGACGUUCAGCACGUCGGUCACGGAUGAUUGUACCCAUCUGGUGACCACUGAGAAGGAUGUGGAGAAGCAAACUACCAAAUACAAACAAGCUUCCCAGCUCGCCAAUUGUCAUAUCGUGCCACUUGUGUGGCUUCUUGAAUCAGACCAAGCCAAGAAACCGUUAUCGGAGUCAAAGUAUUCUUUCGGCCAAUCCAAUCAGACGUCCCAGACAGACGAUGACACACAGGACAAGACUGCGGACGGUACCGCCUCUCUUCCUGCAGACAACAAGCGUACUACCAGGAAGCGAGGCGCGGAUGCGGCUUCUGCUGUAAACGAUGCUGACAAAACAACAAACGACACCCAGAAGAAUGGAACAAAUGGCAAAGCCAAGUCCUCUAAGGAUAAGAAGCCUGAAGCCAAGAAGCGAGGCGCGGAUGAAGACCCUGUGAAGAAAGAGUCCAACAAAAAGACAAAGGACAUCCAAAAGACAACCAUAAAGGCCCUUAAUGUCCCAAUCGAUGAUGGAUUCGAGGAACUGGGUAAACUAAAGGACCCCAAGGUCUACAUUGACAGUGCAGGCCUCAUCUGGGACGCUACCCUGAGCCAGACUGUGGCAUCCAGCAAUGCCAACAAGUUCUAUCGCGUUCAACUGUUGGUCGGUACAAACUCGAAGUACUUUACCUGGACACGGUGGGGUCGAGUUGGGGAGCAUGGGCAGUCAGCCUGUCUCGGGGACGGUGGUUUGGCGGCCGCGUUGCAACAUUAUGAGAAGAAGUUCAAAGACAAGUCGGGCCUCAAAUGGGAGAACCGGCUCGAUACUCCUAAAAACGGAAAGUACACGUUCCUUGAGCGCAACUACGAGGAGGAUGAUGAUGAGGAAGAGCCCGUUAAAAAGGAGAAAACUAUCAAGGAAGAAGAGGAUAACCCCCCGGUCGAGAGUGCUUUAUCCAAAGGGCUUCAAAACCUCAUGUCUUUCAUCUUCAACAAACAAAACGUCCUCGAUACAUUGGCCGCAAUGUCCUACGAUGCCCACAAACUGCCAUUGGGGAAGCUGAGCGACAGGACAUUGAAAAGUGGAUUCUUGGUUUUGAAAGAUAUUUCCGAGCUCAUGACUACACCAACAUUGGCACAAGAAAAACAUGGACUAUCAUAUGGUGAUGCCAUAGAGGCAUUAAGCAACCGAUACUUUACCUUGAUUCCCCACGUCUUUGGUCGCCAUCGACCCCCGACCUUGAAUACGAACGUGCAGAUCAAGAAAGAAAUCGAUUUGCUGGAGGCACUGACCGACAUGGACGUUGCGAAUGAAAUCAUGGUAUCGUCCAAGGAAGACCACGAUGAAACCCACCCACUAGAUCGCCAGUUCCAGAGUCUGGGUAUGGAGGAGAUGACAGAACUGGACCACAAAUCAAACGAGUUCGUCGAACUCGAGAACUACCUCCAGAACUCUCGCGGGCAGACACACAGCAUGAACUACAAGGUCGUGAACAUCUUCCGCAUCGAGCGGCAAGGCGAAAACGACCGCUUCAACGCAUCCCCCUAUGCCAACAUCCCAAACAGCGACCGCCGUCUCCUCUGGCACGGAUCCCGCAGCACAAACUUUGGUGGUAUUCUCAGCCAAGGUCUUCGCAUCGCACCACCCGAAGCACCCGUCAACGGAUACAUGUUCGGCAAGGGUGUGUAUCUAGCUGAUACAUCUAGCAAAUCCGCAAAUUACUGUUGUCCUUAUAACAGUCGGGGGAUGGGAUUACUUCUCCUCUGCGAUGCAGAGCUCGGUUCCCCCAUGCUAGAGCUUGGAAGUAGCAACUACAACGCUGGCGAGCUAGCGCAUGCUGAGGGCAAAAUUGCGACACUCGGCAAGGGGUCGAGUGUUCCUGGUGGGUGGAAGGAUGCUGGAUGUUUGAAUCCAGCGUUGGAGGGUGUGACGAUGCCUGAUGUGGCUAUCGGCAACACCCAGAGUGGAAGUCAAUGUCUGUACUACAAUGAGUACAUUGUGUAUGAUGUUGCGCAGAUCCGACAGCGGUAUUUGUUCCAAGUCAAGAUGAACUGA